AUGGGUUCUCAAGCUCCUGCAAAACCCUCCUCCCAAGAAAGAACAACAACCCUGAAUACUCGUCAAACACAUUGCACCCACUCCAGCUUUACGCGUGAGUUUAGCAGCCAUGGCUGUUUGGCAACGUGUCAGAUGUGCAAGAGAGGACCAGAUCUUGGUUGGGUAUAUGCUUGCACAGAGGACCAGGCGAGGCUGGAUGCAAGAGACAAAUACCCGUACCAAGAAUCACAACAAUUAGGCUUUACACAACUCUCCACCAGUCUCCAGUCAAGCAAUGCGGUGCAGUUGAACGCCAGUAUCGAGCACGCCAUCAAGCACAGACAUUACACUCCCAAGCAGGUGGAAUUGGUCAAAGCCCAGCGAACAGUUGUUCUGGAAACUAUCAAAGCGGAUUAUCGCACGAGACGCGAUCCUCUCAGCCCUGAAACCCAAUCGCGCUUAUCCACCCAAGACCCAGAGGACUCGGAACCCACGCCGGCAAAUCCCUAUGUGAAAGUACCUUCUAGCACAUUGCUUCCAGCCUGCCACAGUGAGCUUGGAAACGUCACUAUCCCAUCUUGUCGUCUGCGCGUCUGCCCAGGCUGCAUGCCGACAGCUACGGAGCGUAGCUGGCAGAGCCUCAACUGCAUCUGCACAGACGACUACAUGACGGACGAUAGACUGCUGGAGACCCUGGCGGCUAUCGCUAUCAACAUAAACGACGCCUGCGCGAGCCGAGAGUUUCGCAAAGUGCCAACGCCAGCCAGUUCGCUAUGCUUUGACAUAGCAGACGCGCUCAUCAGGGCGGCCGGGAAUGAAGCAGCUGAUAGCAACGCAAUGGGCAAUGCUGGCACGGUGGACGACGGUGCUAACGAUGCCUGCCCUGCGGAUUUGGAAGAAGGUGAAAUAACUGCACCUGAUGUCAUUGUUGAGAGGGAGCCAAUCAAUAAAACGCCUAGGCCAAGGAAAAGUUUAAAAGAGCUGUUACAUUUUCAUAGAACUCAUGCAAAGGAGGCUACAGGGCCGAGAAAGAAGAACACUCACCGCCACCACCGGGGACGCGAUAUGGGAAUGGAAUUCCAGAUAGAGCAGCGGAGGACAUCAGAGAAUACCCGACCACAGAAGACCGGGACCGCGCGACUUGAUUUUCCACGAAGGGUUAAAAAUGGUUCGUCUGUUCGGCGCCAUGAAAAGCGCGAGAUUGAUGAUGAUCGAAGCCGAGCCGAUCUUGAGUUCGUUGGACAGGCUGAUAGAUUCGGCGGAUAG